UGUGGUUUCUUUUAAAAGAAUAGAUGUAUGUCCUGUGAAGUCUAUUGACAUUCGAAAUCAUAGUGGUGUCAGUUGAAGUGUAGCCUGGAGAAACCUUGGAUUGCGUCAUCAUCCACCAAACAUGGCCUGGGACCUCUGGAGGAACUUAUUUGAAGCGGGAUGGAAAUUCUGGCGUGGAACCCUUUUCGCGCUCUUCAUCUCGGGCGCUACAGCGCCGCUACUUUGGCAGUGCGACAUUGGUGCAGCGCUACCGGACGUCAUUCGCAUCGGCGUCGUGUACGACCAGGCCUGGUCGUCGGAGGAGGCUAAGCUACUAUCACAGGCACUGGAUAGGGCGAAUAUAAACGCAAGCGACACCGGAGACGACCUGCCCCAACAUGGAGAAAGUGGCAGCUCAGGCAGCGAACGCGAGGCCAAGGGCCCCACACCUGAGCCUGGCAGCCGUGAGACUAGAUACAGAGGACAUCUUCCGAUCUUCAAAGAAAGAGUGGUGGUCGAGGAGGCUAUGGAGACAACCUAG